AUGAGUUCCGAAGAGGAUGAAGACUUGCAGCAGCUGCGGUCGAAUCUGUUGAAACAGAUGCGUUCGAAAACCGUUGACAUUUCUCAGUGCUGGCCGUCUGAAAUCCUCGAUACAGAUAUCGGCGACUUGGGAACUCUGAAGCAGAGAGCGUUGUCAUCGCUGCAGUCCGCUAACGCAAACGAUCAGAAGCGUCGAAUUAUGGUUUGCUUAGAUGACGCCAAAGGCCUGUCGAGCAAAAAUCCUUCAAAUCUGCCAGCUGCGAUUUCCGGCGUUUCCGGCGACAUGACCAUGGUCACCGUCACUCAUCGAGCAAAUCUGGUCAGCAGCGAUCAUUCAUUCCAUACAGAACGUCUCACCGUCGACCGCCGCAGAAGGCUUCUAAUUUGA